AUUCCUCCCUACGCCCGCGCCCCGACACUUUCCCUCGUUCCGUGCUCGGCUCCUCCACCAUUAUGCCUGUUCUCUCGCAUUCCCACUCUCUCCCCUCUCCGCGACCCAUAUAAAUGCUCCCCCCAUCGAGCGUUACUCGCCCACUCCAAUCCCCUUCCCCGCUCCUCCUCCUCUUCUCCCUCCUCUCCCUUCGCCGAACCCUCUCCACCUCCGCCUCCGCCGCUUCUCCCCUCGCCAUCGCCGACUCCUCCUCCCACGCGUCCCUCUGCGUCUCCCUCCUCCGCCGCCUCCUCCGCCGCCUCCUCGCCUCGCGCCAGCCCCUCAAAGCCGAAGCCCUUUACGCUCGUGCCCACGAAGGUACGCUCCCCGAUGACCCAUUGCUGCUUGAUUCCAUGAUAAUUUGCUAUUCCGAGCUCGGGAACCUAGUUUCAGCGAGAACCCAUUUGGACCAUAUGAUCAAAAUCGGAUCUUGGCCCUCCAAGGACGCAUACAACGCGCUGCUCCACGCGCUCUGUGCGGAAUCCAUGUACUUGGAGGCUAUGGACCUCUUCGUCCUCAUGGCCGGCGGCGGCGUGCUCCCUCCGUUGUCGGCGUAUCAUCUCCUGAUACCCGGUUUGUGCUCCAAGGGGUUUUUGGACAAAGCACGGUUCCUGUUCGACGUAAUGCUCGGCUCGGGCUUGAGCCCCUCUGCACGGUUGUAUAAGUCCCUGGUGUAUGGCUUCUGCAAGGCGAAGCGAGUUCUCGAGGCAGAGCAUGUGUGCAGAGUGAUGGAGUCUCGCGGUUUGUUCUUGGACCGUGUGAUGUGCACUGCGCUUAUAUGCGGCUACUGCAAGGAAGGACGGAUGGAGCUCGCGUUGAAUGUGUUUAAGAGGAUGAAGGAAAUGGGGGGAACUGAGCCAGAUGUUUAUGCAUACAAUACAUUGAUCAAUGGGUUAUUUAGGCUCGGCUAUGUUGAUUCUGGGUGGAACUUAUACAAUGAGAUGGUUGAUAGUGGCUUGGAACCGAAUUUGGUGACGUACAAUAUAAUGAUCAGCUGGUAUUGCAAGAAUAACAGGGUUGAUUGUGCAUUGGAGCUGUUCGACGUAAUGUCUAGGCGUGGAAUAGCUCCGGAUUUAAGGUGCUACACCUUAUUAAUAACUGCCCUAUGCAAAGAAAGCAGGUCGGUGGAGGCUGAGCAGUUGUUUGAUAAAAUGUUGGCCAAUGGUCUUUUCCCUGAUCAUGUUAUGUUUGUUUUGCUUUCUAAGAGUUUCCCUAAGGACCAUGAGACUACUAUAGUUCGCAAGACCUUGCAAGCUAUCGCGAAGUUGGAUCAUAACAUUGAAUAUUCAAAGUUCUCUAAGCUUUCUGGUGGGUGUUCAAAUGUAACAUUGCAAAGAGAAGCUGAACUUCUUCUCGAUGAGAUCGUGAAAAGUAAUGUGCUCCCUAUUGAUGUUGUCUUUAAUAUAAUGAUAAUAGCUAUGUGCGCUGAGGGAAGGAUAGAUGUUUCCUACUAUUUGCUGGACAAAUUGGUUGGUUAUGGAUGUGAACCUUCAGUCUACAUGUAUAAUAUAAUGAUAAGAUGCCUAUGCAGGGAGAAUCAGAUGGAUGAUGCUCGAUCACUUAUAAGCCUGAUGCAGAGUAGAGGAGUCGCUCCGGACCUGGCCACUCAUUCAAUUAUGAUCAAUGCAUACAGCAAGCAAGGGGAAAUAGAUUUGGCGCUUGGGAUUUUCAAUGAGAUUAUUGAGCAGGGCUUUGAACCCACCGUUGCUGUAUAUGAUUCAAUUAUAGGCUGUCUUUGCAGAAUGAAACGUGUGAAAGAAGCAGAAUUCAUAUUCAGAAGGAUGAUUGAAGCGGGAGUACUACCUGAUGAAGUGAUCUAUACAACAAUUCUUAAUGGCUAUUCGAAAAUUAGGAGGACAGUAGACGCUUGCGAUCUUUUUGAUGAAAUGGUCGAGCGUGGACUCCAGCCGAGUUCUCAUGCCUAUAGUGCGCUUAUAAAUGGACUGAUAAAAGGCAAUAAAAUUAGAAAGGCAUGCUAUUAUCUAGACAGGAUGUUGGAGGAAGGAUUUAUGCCAGACACAGUUUUUUAUACAAUGCUAAUCCAUCAGUUCUUUCGAAAAGGAGAGGUUAACUUAGCUUUAGAUUUGGUUGACUUGAUGAUUAGAAACCAGAUUGAACCUGACCUAAUCACUUUUUGUGCAUUGGUGAGUGGCAUUUCUCGGAGCAUCUUCCACCAAAGUAGGAUAAAACCUUUGUUGGUUAAGAAAUUAGAAGAGGCAAGGGACAAACUUUUCAGGUUACUACCUCAAAAAAAUGGCGCUGAACAAAAAAUGAAAAAUAAAAUUAUGUGCAGAACUACUUCCGAAAAAAUUGAACUUGCACUCAAUAUACUGCAGGAACUAGUAGAUAGUGAGUUGAUGCCAGAUUUACAUAUUUAUAAUGGGGUGCUCAAUGGACUUUGUAGAGCUAAUAUGAUUGAAGAUGCUUACGAUCUGAUAUCAUUGAUGCGGCAAGUUGGUGUUACUCCCAAUCAAGUGACAUAUACAAUACUAAUGACUGCACAUAUCAGGUUAGGUGAUACUGAGCAUGCUAUUCAGUUAUUUAACCAGCUCAACAGCUAUGGUUAUUGUCUUGAUAGAUUCACUUACAAUACACUCAUCAAAGGUCUCUCUAUGGCUGGGAGGGUGAGUGAGGCAUUGUCACUUACUCAAAUGAUGCAAAAAAGAGGCUUUGUUCCUAACAAAGUUGCGUAUGAUAACCUAAUUGAAUCUAUAAUUCCCAUGGAUUCCAGUUAUCCUGCAUUAUAUCUAUUUGAGGAUAUGCUUUCACAUGGCUAUACUCCAAGAAGUAGUAACUACAAUAAAUUACUCAGAAGUCUUGCCGAAAAUAACAAGUUGGGAGAGGCUAUAAGAGUUUUUGAAAUAAUGCUUAAAAAAGGUAAAACUCCUAACCAACAAACAAAGAGAAAUUUGUUGGAAUUGUGCUAUAGGCAACGAGAAUUUCGCAUUGCCUUUGAGAUUGAGGAGAACAUGCCCCUUUACGAGGAUGGUUGAAGAAUGUAAUAUGCCUCAUUAAGCAUUGAAGUUUUCUGGGCAAACUGUACAAGGCUUCUAUUGAAUGUUGAGCCUUAUUUUCACAUAGAAUCAGAAAAGGACAGGUUAGGGAAUCUGUUGGAUUGAUUUGGAGGUGAAUGUGCAUCUUGUGCUGCAUGCCUGCACCAUGUUUAUCUACAGUGUUGACAGUAGCCAGAUAAUAGGUUGAAAAUUGUACGAUGCAAGUUUUGCUGCUAAUUCAGUGAGAUUGGAAGAUUGUUUAUCCGAUCUAGCACUGGGAGUAAGCCUUGUCUAGUGGCUGUCAGGUAAAUCUUAUCAGCCUGCAUUCCAGAACUGCUUUACGGAACUCACUAAAGCAAGAAUUGCACACAAUAUGGGUAAUAUUGUGUGCGUCAGCUAUCGAACUGAAGGAUAAUUCUCGACUGUCAUGGGACACAGUCACUGAAAAGUUCUUCAUCCAAGGAAGUGGCUGUAAGUGAACGCAAUACAGCAGAUUUUGUCCCAGCUCUACUAAAGCGCGCUUCCUCGGAAGCUCCGGCUAGAUUAAACAAGACAUUAGUUAUAUUUAGGCUAAAUUACAGAAAACCCCCCUGUAAUAACCCGCUUUUUCACUUUCCCCCUCUGACAUUUAAAAACCUAUACUUUGCCCUCUUGUAAA